AACGCCUUCUUACACCACCCUCAAGCUCACCUUCUCCAUCGCAUGAUCAGAUUGCUUUUUACGCCAGAAUUUCAACUGAGGAAAAAGCCCCAGGGGGACAUCAUAUCCUUGUAUUCGAUAACGUGGUCACAAAUAUUGGACAUGGAUAUAAUGGGGUUGACGGUAUCUGUACUGCCCCAAAAGGUGGAGUUUAUGUUUUUAUUUGGGUCAUAAGAUUAUAUGAAGCUCAGCAUUCUACGCAGCUCCUGAUCAACAAUGUUGAGUAUGGAUCAACUCACUUACGUGCUAUGAAUAAUGAUGAUGGAUCUGUGAGCGGAAACGUUGUUGCGCAUAUCAACAAAGGAGACGUUGUGUUCGUCCGUAUCUAUCCUUAUAACGGAUACAUUGGUAGCGGAGAUAUUUUCAGCAGUGAACACGGAAAGCCGUCAUUUUCAGGGUGGCUUCUUCAAUAG